GGAAAGAAAAAAAGGAGUAAAACGAGAAGAGCGAGACGAAGAAGCGAAGAAGCGGCGCGGCGACCGACCGUCGGUUUGUCGGCUCUUGUCGGCAGCGGAGUGGAGGGAAAAGGAAAGGGAAACGUUUUGCGCUUCGGAAGGUGCCGUCGUCGACACAUACAGCGCGGAACGUGUGUGCGAGAGUUUGCCGGAGGAUUUUCGUUAUGUAUCGAUUUACUACAUAAAUACUCUCUCUCGCGCGCAAAACGGAGCGGCAAAUGGAGCACGCGGAAUGAGCGGCUGCGACACCGGUUGCGAGACAGUACGAAGACAUGGAAGCCGCGGUGAUAGAAGUUCUACGACAGGCGGUCAGUCAAGACCCCAAUGUUCUGAAGUCUGCAGAGGAAACGCUUAAGCAAUGGGAAACUCAACGAGGAUUUUAUAUUGCGUUAUAUAACGUUCUUUCAAAUCAUUCCUUGGCUAUUGAAGUUAGAUGGAUGGCUGUAGUGUACUUGAAGAUUGGAGUUGAGAGAUACUGGAGGAAAAAUGCACCAAAUGCAAUUGAAGACAAUGAGAAGGAAUUUUUACGACAGCAUCUCCUCAGAAAUUUUGACGAACCUAUGAGUCCAUUAGCUAUACAAUUAGCAGUCCUUAUUGCCAAAAUAGCAAGGUUUGAUUGUCCUAGAGAAUGGGGUACACUAGUACCAACAUUAUUGGAAGUUAUAAGGCAAGAAAAUUCUUUAGCACAACGUCAGGCGGUAUUAACACUGCAUCAUGUUGUCAAAGCUUUGGCGUCUCGACGCUUGGCCGAUGGACAGAGGCUCACUUAUACUGAAUCCUUCCUGAUUAUGGCAUCUAAUGGGGCCGACGUCAAUCAGACACAAGAAACCUUAGAAAAAGCACUUCUAUUAUUAAGAAUACUUAGGCAACUGAUUGUAAAUGGUUUUUCCAAACCAUCCGAAUCUCCAGAUGCCAUGUUAUUUCUGAAAGUCGUUUUCGAGCGUGCAAGGACUUGCCUUGAAUGCCGAAAAACUUUAGCUUCUAGAGGAAUGCAAGUGGAUGUGUGCGAAAAGUUUAUAAUACAUUUGACCAAAGUUUUAAUAGGAGUCAUAGACAUGCAUCCGUUUUGCUAUGUGGAACUCAUACCCACUUCUUUAGAAUUCUCCGUUUUUUACUGCUUUACAGAAGCUGGCCAAGCGUUAGCAUUUGAAAGAUUUAUUAUUCAGUGUCUAAAUUUAAUAAAAACCAUUUUAUUAUCGACGUAUUACAGACCAGCUAAGAUUAUUGAAGAGACGAAAGAUCCAUUGGUUCUGAGGGCAUGUCAGUUGAGACAAGAAUUUUUCACACCGGAAAUAUUAACGGAGAUUUGUUCCAGGCUUGUCACGCAUUACUUCCUUUUGACACCUGCGGAUCUUGAAAUGUGGGAUACUCAACCAGAAAAUUUCGCUAUUGAUGAUGGCGGAGAAUCAUGGAAAUAUAGCUUGAGGCCUUGCACAGAAUCCUUAUUUUUGGCGAUCUUCCAUCACUAUAGAGAUAUUCUUGCUUCGGUUUUGGUUGAUUUGAUGCGACAGCAUCAUCAACCUGUCGAUCCUAACAAUCUACAUGCGAUUCUAGUGAAAGACGCGGUUUAUCGCGCAGUUGGUCUUGCUGCAUUCGAUUUGUAUGAUGAGGUAAACUUUGAUCAAUGGUUUUCGACGACUCUAAAAGAGGAAUUAAAGGUUCGAAACAACAAUUAUAGAAUUAUCAGAAGACGUGUGUGUUGGUUGAUUGGUCAAUGGACGAAUAUCAAAUUAAGUGAAGAAUUAAGGCCGGAGUUAUAUAAGCUUAUGAUUGAAACAUUGAAUCCCGAAGAGGACUUAGGAGUUCGUUUAGCAGCAAGCAAUGCUCUGAAACAAGCAAUCGAUGAUUUUCAAUUUGAUCCAGAGAAGUUUUCUCCUUUCUUGGAGCCAAUUUUUUCUCUACUUUUCUCACUUCUUAAAGAAGUAAACGAAUGCGAUACAAAAAUGCAUGUGCUGUCUGUGUUAUCUUUUAUUAUCGAGCGUGUUGGCAGUGGAAUCAAACCACAUGUUGGUGCACUCAGCUCGUAUUUACCUGAACUUUGGCAGCAAUCUGAAAUAUACAAUAUGCUGAGGUGUGCCAUAGUAUCGACUCUGAUACACUUGGAAAAGGCUUUAGGUUCUGAAAGCGUUAAUCUAGAGCCGUUGGUGGUAGGCGUCGUGGCUCUAAGUGUUGAUGUCAAUCAAGAAGGACACGUUUAUUUAUUAGAAGAUGGAUUAGAGUUGUGGAUAGCCUUAUUAGAAAACACGCCUUCUCCAACACCACCUAUAAUGGAUCUCUUCAGAAAUAUGCCAGCAUUAUUGGAUCAAUCUUCGGAGAAUCUGCGUUUAUGUUUGUACAUAAUUCAAAUGUACGUGUUAUUGAGUCCACAAGAUUUCUUCAUUCAGAGAAGUACGGUGAUCAUCGAAUCACUGAAAACGCUUCUCAGUGAUUUGCGUUCAGAGGGUAGAGUGAUGGUGUUGAAAUUAUUUGAAAUCUGUCUCAGAACUUCCCCUCAACAGGGUGCAGAAUUAAUAAAACCCGUUUUGCUAAAAAUAUUCGAGAGUGUUUAUUACGGCGACGAGUAUUCGUCGGUCAUGACUAUGCAACUAUCUGUCGUCGCAAGAGUUUUACUAGGUUCCCGUGAUAUUUUUGUACAGAUAAUCAGCGAUUUAGCACGGAGUAUAGGAACCGAAACGAGGGAAGACGUUGUACUCGGAAAACUAAUACACAGUUGGGUUAACGCAAUGCCACUGGUAACUCAGAUCGAAAGGCGCAAAUUACUAGCUCUUGCACUCUGUUCUCUUCUCGGAGCGAACAGUCCGCCCACCGUUCUUGAAUAUUUCCCGCAAAUAAUAUUAAACAUUGUCGAAACGCUUAAUGAUGUCACCAAGUUUGACGAUAUGGGAUAUCCUGUCGAUUCCUUGAUGAUUACUGAUCAACCCAGUCCUUCGCAAUAUGAGGAUGUAGAUUAUGAUACCGAACAUGCUCAACGACAGAAGAGACUUCUUUUUAAUGAUCCUGUACACAGUAUAUCUUUAAAAGAUACGCUCCAAAGUCAGCUGGUCACAUUACGAGGUAUAGUUGGAGAUCAUCAAUUUGACCAGUUGAUGCUUACUCUUAACUCUGAAAUUGAUGAACAACUCAAGGAUUACAUAUCGCUGUAAGGAAGAAACAAGAUCAAAAUAUAAUGAAGGAUGUUUCGACAAAUGCUACAUAACGUAUGCAGCUUUAUAGCUCCAUUGUAAAACGGUACUAUUUUAUUGUAUAAUAUUACCAUCUGUUUCAUUGUAUUAAUUAUAAUAAUAAAAGUAAUCU